UUAUAGCCAUCCCAGGAGGCAGAGGAGGGGGGGGGGGCGUGAAUGGCGCAGGCAGAAGUUCCAAGGGAAAAGCAGAAGCUUCUCCAAACUUUCCCUCCGUUGUCCAAUGGUCCACUUCUGACACCCGGCUUUGCAGGAGCCUCCUAAGCCAUGGAAGCCGAAGAAGAGAUGGAGAAGGUCAGCAUCGUGGCUGAGAAGCACCCAGAGGAGGAGGUAGGAGGCGAAGGGAGAGCCUUGCUUGGACCUCCAAAGGCUCCCCUCAGCAGCUGGCAACAUAAAUGUGCGUCGUACGUGCUGGCUCUCCGGCCCUGGAGCUUCAGCGCCUCUCUGACCCCGGUGGCCCUGGGCAGCGCCCUCGCCUACCGCUCCCAGGGAACGUUGGACCCCGGGCUCCUCGUGGGCAGCGCCGUGACCGUCCUGGCCGUCCACGGUGCCGGCAACCUGGUCAACACCUACUACGACUUCUCCAAGGGCAUCGACCAUAAGAAGAGCGACGACCGGACGCUGGUCGACCAGAUCUUGGAGCCCCAAGAUGUGGUUAGAUUUGGGGUGUUCUUGUACACCUUGGGCUGCCUGUCCGCCGCCUGCCUGUACUGCCUCUCCACCCUCCGGCUGGAGCACCUGGCUUUGAUCUACUUCGGAGGGCUCUCUAGCUCCUUCCUUUAUACUGGAGGUAUUGGCUUGAAGUACGUGGCUCUGGGCGACGUGGUCAUCCUCAUCACCUUUGGGCCGCUGGCGGUGAUGUUCGCCUACGCCGUGCAGGUGGGCCAGCUGUCCGUCUCGCCCCUGCUGUACGCCGUCCCGCUGGCCCUCAGCACGGAAGCCAUCCUGCACAGCAACAACACCCGAGACAUGGAGUCGGACCGCCAGGCCGGCAUCGUCACCUUGGCCAUCUUGAUCGGCCCCACGCUCUCCUACGUCCUCUACAACGCCCUCCUCUUCCUGCCGUACCUGAUCUUCUGCGUCCUGGCCACCCACUACACCAUCAGCAUGGCCCUGCCUUUGUUCACCAUGCCCAUGGCCUUCUCCCUGGAGCGGCAGUUCCGGAGCCAAACCUUCGUCAAGAUCCCCCAAAGGACAGCCAAGCUCAACCUCCUUCUGGGACUCUUCUACGUCUUCGGCGUCCUCUUGGCCCCGCCGGGCACGCUCCCCAAGCUUUAGGCCGUCUCGAGCGGAAGCUUCGCCUACGGCGAGCGGGACGGGAGCCCCAGGCGAUCCCCUGAGGCCUGAGUGGGGUUUUUGGCUUCUCUCAGACGGAAGAACCGGAGGCUUUGCGGCAAUCUUAGCAGCUUGGGCGACUUGGCUGUAGUUACCCCAACCCUGUGUAAAACUUCUCAAAGCGGUUCCUUUUUAAAAGCUAGCAGGGGAGGGGGCGGGAAAUGAUAUUUAUAAAGCUUAAAUUGCAGA